AUGGAAGACACGCACACAGAGCAUCAGCCGCUAAUCGACCAGGAGAUGAGCAGACAGGAGGAAGAACAUCAGGUGCCAGAGACACAUGAGGAAGAAGAGAGGCGCCCGGUCGUGCUGUACAAGGGCAUCCAACAGAGGGAGGCCAGCCAGCUGCAGUGCCCCAUCCACAAGGGGCUCAUGCACGACCCGGUCGGCACGGGCAAGUGCAAGCACGUCUUCUGCCGCUCGUGCCUGGCCUCGUGGGCCGCGCUCCAGGGCCACUGCCCGCUCGACGCCCGCCCGGCUCAGCUCGUCCCCGCCGACGCCGCUGUCGAGAAGCUCAACAGCCUCCUCAUCCACUGCAGGUGGGGUGUUGUUCAAGACGAAGAGACUGGCGCAUGGGUGGCGGCCAGCGGCGAGGGCUACUGCCCGGCGCUGAUCACCAUCGGCGACCGCAAGGCCCACGAAGACAGCUGCGCCUACUGCCCUGCGGUUCUGCAGUCGGACGAGGCCACCGGGAGAGCCGCCGGCCAGCUGAUGAACCGGCUGCAGUUCCCGCAGGUGCAGGUCAACGUGGAGGUCAUGCACGCCCUCAGGGAGGAAGACAAGGAAGACGACGAGGAAGAUGAGGAAGACGACCAGGAAGACAUGGAAGACUAUGACAGUGGAGGAGAAGAAACUGAAGUAGAAACUGAAGAAUAUGGAGAAAGCGACGAGGAAAUAAUAGAGACUGAACAGAAGACAGACAAGGAAGAGCUGGAGAGGAUGGCAAGUGCAGCAAAGAAGGGAGGCGAUUUGCCAGCACCUUUCGCGAUUUGGGUAGACGAGGAGGAGGCCACAGAGCUGGCUCAGAAGAGAAGUCAGGAGGUCAAAGCGAGACGUGAGGAAAGGCGGAAGAAGAUGCUGGAGCAACUUAGCCUGCCUGCGUGGCGAAGAGUGUGGUACGAUGAGGAAGACGAGGAAGACGACGAACAGCACAAUCAAUAA